AUGCGAUCUCCGGCUACCACUUGCUGGCUCUAUGGAGUACUUCUUGUGUCAAUUGCCUCCGGAGCGUACGGGAAUAACGAGACCCAACCGGACUUCAUGAGCGUGCGAAAGAACGUAACGAAAGAAUAUAAAAGCGAGAAAGAGAUACCAACACAGAAAUACUUUCAUGAAUCAUCUUUCCAUUAUCAUUAUGACGGCCGCUUUGCCAAUGAAACUCUUCCGGCAUCAGAAGUCAUCCCACAUCUCUCAGCCCUAGUCCAAACCUACUUCUCAACAAUGAACGCCAUCGGUGCUGAGACAUGGAUCAUGCACGGCACAUUAUUAGCCUGGUGGUGGAAUCAGAAGAUCUUCCCAUGGGACAAUGAUCUAGACGUCCAAAUCUCGGAACCAACAAUCCACUUCCUAGCAGAGUACUACAACAUGACGGAACACCACUUCGAUUUCCCCAACGUUGACGGCGGUCGCGCCUACAUGCUCGAAAUCAAUCCCAACUACGUCGUCAAAUCUGAGCAGGAUACAAUGAAUAAGAUUGAUGCGCGCUGGAUUGAUAAGUCGUCGGGUCUUUUCAUUGAUAUCACUGCUGUGCGCAAGGAUGAGAGCAAGAGGUUGAAUGGACAUCCGGAGGCGUUGACCUGUAAAGAUCAUCAUCACUACGAGGAGAGUGACAUUUUCCCACUGCGUGAAAGCACCUUUGAGGGAGUUGCGGUCAAGAUUCCUUACGCUUAUACAUGGCUUCUUGAGGAAGAGUAUGGGCCCAAGGCUCUGACGCGGACGACCUUCUCGGGACAUACCUUCAAUGAUGAGACAAAGAUUUGGGAGUCUGCCAAGCGAAAGCUUAAACGAUUCCUCCGACGAGGCUGGCGAGGUGACGACUUGCCAGUGCGGACCUCUGAUCUCCAUACUAUUAUAGAGGCAUGA